AUGGCAAAUUUGCGCAGCUUCGACAGUUUCGCUUUAAUAGUAACAGAAAUGAAAAUAACCGCCUUAAUAUUGGCCACCCUUGGCUUGGCCUAUGCUGCGCCCAGUGUAGACCAGCCUAAAGUCGAAGUACCGUAUCCCUUCCAUCCCAGAACUGGUGGUAGAAUUGUUGGCGGAGUAGUUGCCAGCAUCAAGGACUUGCCGUGGCAAGUAGCUCUUCUCCGUAACGGUGCCCUAAUUUGUGGUGGUGCCAUCAUUGGCCCCAAAGUUGUCUUGACCGCUGCUCACUGUGUCGUACCAAGUGUCAUUCCUAGCGUUUCUCAACUUAACAUCCGUGCCGGAUCCAAUCUUCAUAACUCCGGCGGAUUACGUGUAGCUGUAAGCCAAAUCAUCAUCCAUCCUUUAUACAAAGAUUGCCUCACCUGCGCUCCUGACUACGAUAUUGCUGUACUCCAUCUUGCUUCCAAUAUUAUUACCCACGGUACUCCAACUGAUGCUAUACGUAUGUAUGAAUCCAACGCUAUGUUUCAUGCUGGUACUACUGCUACUGUUUCUGGAUGGGGAGCAACACGCGAGAAUGGUUCAGGAUCCGUCCAACUUAGACGUGUAGAUGUACCAGUUGUUACCAAAGCCAACUGCCGUGCUACGUAUGGUAGUAUUAUUACCGAGAGAACUAUUUGCGCUGGUACUGCUGCUGGUGGUAAAGACGCUUGCCAAGGAGAUUCUGGUGGUCCAUUUGUCAUCAAUAAUAAAUUAGCUGGUGUGGUAUCCUUUGGCAGCGGCUGUGCUAGACCUGGAGUACCUGGUGUAUAUUCUAGCAUUCCUGGGUACAGAGCCUGGAUUAGAAGCAAUGCUGGAAUUUAAACUUUAAAAUAAUAUAAGGCAUUUUUGCAUCUAUUCUUGUUUUAUUUGAUAUUUUCCUUGGUUGAAAUUUGCUCAAAUAAAUGGAUAAAUCUUGGAGACAUAAAUCAAUAUUCUAAACAUCAACACGAUUAAAAAUAAAUAUAAUUUGUGCAAAUGUU